UGAUGUUGAAAAUCACUCUUCUCACAUCACUCUGUGUACGGAUCUUCUUCUCUUCUCUUCUCUUCAGGUAAUUCCAAUCUAAUAUUUCAUUCAUUUUCAUUUUCAUUUCAAUUUCAAUUUCAAUUCUCAUCCCAAAUUUAAUUCAUCAAUCCCCAAUUUUGUAUGCUUAAUCAACUCUUAAUUCAUUUUCUCAUUUUUCUAUGAUUUCUCUUGUUUCAUGAUUUCAAUUUAGUUUAGCACCAUUUAAUAUUUCAUGAUUUCAAUUUAACACCAUUUAUUCACAACGAUUCUGCUAUUUGAUUUUUUUGAAUAUUUUUGUUCUUCAGAUUUUCACUCACUCACUCACUCUUCGAUUGAAUUGAAUUGAAUUUAUUGAUGGAUUGAAAAAAAAAAAAAGGUUUCUUUUUAUCAAUUUUUAUCAACACAAGACACAAUUUUUGUGUUUGUGUUUGUGUCUUGUGUUGUGAGUGAUGGAGAAUCUUCCUGUUGAAGUCAUUGGGAACAUACUGUCCCAUCUCAAGGCUGCAAGAGAUGUAGUAAUUGCCUCAGCAACAUGCAAAAAAUGGCGAAUUGCGUGUUGCAAACAUCUCCAUACAAUUUCAUUCAGUUCGAAUGAUUGGUCUGUUUAUCGCGAUAUGACAACGACCCGUCUCGAGAUUUUGAUCACACAGACAAUUUUCCAGACUUCAGGGUUGCAGUCCCUUUCCAUUUUGAUGGAAGAUGUUGAUGAGUUUUCGGCUUCUGCUGUUAUUGCUUGGCUUAUGUAUACAAGGGAAACUUUGAGGCAGUUGUUUUAUAAUGUGAAGACUAUGCCGAAUGUUAAUAUUCUCGAGAUAUGUGGUAGGCAUAAGCUGGAAAUACUUGAUUUGGCUCAUAAUUCUAUUGUUGGGGUUGAGCCUAAUUAUCAGAGGUUUCCGUGUUUGAAAUCUCUUUCGUUGAGUUAUGUUAGUAUAUCUGCGUUGGAUUUGAAUCUUUUGGUGUCUGCGUGUCCGAGGAUUGAGGUUUUAGAGCUUGUUAAUCCGGAGAUUGCAAUGUCUGAUGCACAGGUGAGCGUUGAAUUGAGUAGUUCGACGCUGAAGAGUGUUUAUGUUGAAGCAAUCAGUUUGGAUAAGUUUAUAUUGGAGGCUGAUGGGAUUGAGUGUCUGCAUUUGAAAGAUUGUGCGCUUGAGGAUUUUGAACUAAUUGGUAAGGGGACUUUGAAGAAUUUCAGGAUUGACGAUGUUAGUGUUAUACAUCUUGAUAUCGGUGAGAUUGUUGAGAAUCUUGAGACUGUGGAUAUCAGCAACUUCACAAUUAUCUGGCCAAAAUUUUACCAGAUGAUUUCGAGAUCGUCGAAUUUGAAGAGGCUUAGGCUUUGGGAUGUGAUGUUUGAUGAUGAGGAUGAGGUUGUGGAUUUGGAAACUAUUGCUACUUGCUUUCCACACCUGACUCAUUUAUCGCUGAGUUAUGAUGUGAGAGAUGGAGUUCUUCACUAUAGUUUACAAGGAUCUUCUUAUCUAGAGAAUGUUGUUGUUUUGGAGCUUGGGUGGAAUGUGAUUAAUGAUCUUUUCUCCCAGUGGGUUGAGGGGCUGCUUAAGCGAUGUCCUAUUCUCAAGAAACUUGUCAUUUACGGUGUUGUUUCCGAGGCAAAGUCUGAUGAAGAAUGCAAGAUGUUGGCCAAUUUCACUACAUCCAUGGUUGAGCUGAUGAGGAGAUACACAGAUGUUGAUCCACAUUUUAAAUUUGAAUAGGACUGUUCUUCUAAAUGCCUUGUUAUAGCUCAGGUUUUCAUUUAAGUCCAAUUAUUUUUUCACAUUUGCAGGUAACUUACGGAAAUCAACAGUUUAUGCACAACUUUAACAACAUUCUUAUUGGUUUGAAUCUCAAUUUAAAAUUUGUGUGAUUGACCAAGAAUCAUACCUCAUAGUAGACAUUCGGGAAUUUGAUCAUUUGUUUGGCAAAAGAGAAGUUAUUAAUUAUGCACUAUUCCAAAAAUUUAACAUUGUCAGUUUUGUUCUGGUAAAUUUUAGUCUUAUAGACCAAAAUUAAUAAAUACCAUUAUAACAGAUUUGAGUUGUUACAGUGAA